AUUUUUUAAAAAUUCGUUAAUUCGUUUAACAAAUAGUUGAUGAAGGAAACCUAAACCAAAAUGCCAAACGAAAUUAGACAGGAUCAGUGCUUUCCAGAUAUUGAGAUGGCCAUUGACACCAUUGAGAACUAUUUAGCAGCUAACUUCCAGCCAAUGAAAAGAGACUCAAAGGAGAGUGUGAGAAAUUUUAACAACAAAUGCAGGUGUGAGAAAGCCAAAAUUGUUGACCUGAAGCCUGAAGAUCAGUAUGGCCAGAGGUGGAUCUGCAAGCACUAUGGAGAUGCUAGAAAAUCCCCAGAAGAGAAGAUUAGAAUUCGGAAAAAGAAGAGUUACCGUUGCAAAUGUUCUGCAAGAAUAUACGUCGCCUAUUGCAAGAUUAGAAAGCAAUACGUGGUGAAGACUUUAUCUCUGGAGCACAACCAUCCAGUCGAUGAGAAGAUGUACGCCAGCUACCCGGCCAAUCGCCAGCCCAAGGAUGAGGUGCUGCACAAAGCCAAGGAAAUGUUGAAGGAAGGGGUGAGGCCUAAACAUGUGGUCAGCUACCUGCAUCAGUCCAAUUGUCCUGUCACUGGGAAGGAUGUGUACAACAUGAAGCAGAGAAUACGUAUAAAACACCAGUGGGACACACAGCAGAAGAGAUUGAAAGUGGCCAUGGUCACUUGUGCUGGGAUCGCUUCUGCCCUGUCUGAACUGCCACCAGAGAAGUUCUCAAGAGCCUUAACAUGGCUUCGAGCUAUUGAGAGAGAGGCUGCAGAUAGAUCCUGGAAGAACAUUUCUCGCAAGCAAAGAAUGGCAUCUCCUGAUCAAUCAACUAACACAAAGGAAAUUAUGGAAACCUCUGAUCAAUCCAUAACGACAUCCUCCAAUCCUGCAAGACAAACUCGCAGAAUGAAGCAUACAUCGGAUGAUGAAAAUGAGAUUCCCCUGCAGAACAUGUGUCCCUCUGUACAAGAUGAGUUGAAGUUAAUGAGGCUGAUGACGUCAGAGGACAUAGCGAAGAGGUGCAUGAAUUCAGGCUACCAGAUAACUGUUAACGACCUCACCAUCACUCCAUCCAACGAUAGCAUAGAUGAUUACACAAAUGUUGCCAGUGUUGAAGAGCACUUCACUGCAGAGGCCUGGGAGAAGAUUGAGCGUCUUGUUAAGUCAACUUUAGAGUCAAAAUGUGAGACUUCUAAUGUCGCGUCCACCGAGGAGUUCAGUCUUCAUUCCCAUAGUGAUUGCGCGGAUGGUAGCUGUUGGAAGUGGUGACUUCUUGAAUGGACCUUUGCAAAUAUGUUCUUGUCUUGUGAUAUGUCUAUCUAUAAUGUUGAUUUUUUUACAUUAAAUUUAAAAAAAAUUUUCAGCUUAAUAAAAGUACAUCUAAUAUCGU